AUGCCCCCCGCAAUUUUGGCUCAAACCGGCGUCCCACGGAAGCGGCACGCGACGGGAGUCUGUUUGCAGGAGCGUCCAUCUGCCCCGUAUUCCUGGUCUUCUUUCAAGGCAGAGCCUUCGAACGAGGAUCUUGAGUCUCGAUCCGCAGAUUUGCUUCGCCCACGAGAGAUGCAUUCACGGAUUUUAUUGCUGGUCUUCGCGCUUGGCGUGGACAGCCACAGACCGGAGCUCCCACCCCCAGUGCAGGAGGAGAUUUCCGUCGAUGCCGUGAUGAACUACCUGGACCCCAUCCCGCGGCCAUUGCUGGGCAUAAUGUCCAAGACGAUGCCGAUAUAUGAUGCUCGCAACUCAACAGCGAUCUUUUCGCUUGAGAAGAACGGUUUCCAGAUGUCUGAUAUGGACUUGGAUGGUGUGCCAUGCACCAGCAUGGACGUGCUGCGGGAUGCAGCCAUGAGAAGCAAGAUCGCGGAUAGAGCGACGGCAGUGCUCAAGAGAGAGAUUCCAGCAGCCAGCCACAUCAUUCCGUUCGAUGUGAAGGUUCGUCAAGGUGGAAUGCUGUCUCCCUUGGUACCUGUUGGGUUACGGGCCUUCCCAGCUGGUGAAGCACCUCCUGCCAACGGCUCCGUCUAUGGUCCCGCAGCUUCCACUUGCAAGGUAAUCCAUGGCGACUACGCAAAGAACAGUGCUAUGGCCAGGGUUAGAGCCAUGGGGACGUCACCGGGACCCACUGGAGAAACCUUACUGAAGCCAGAGCAAAGGGAGGCAUUGCUGCAGGGUGAAUGCAACUUCUGGUUCGUGAACGUUUGGGGCAACCUUGCUGAGCAGCCGCUCAGACGCGACCCUCUCGCCCUUUUGGACCAGCGCACUCUCAAUUCAGAGGACACCUUUGCCUGGACGCAGCGCGGGAGCAGCGGGGCAGGAGUAUGCGAUGGGUUUAGCAAAGGGGCCCCAGAAGAAAUUGUGGAGGAAAGUCGAGGAGUUCGUUUCUCUCCAAGGCACCGCUGGUACUACUGGUCCAACAUGUCCCGGCAGGAGGCUCUCAUCUUCAAGACUUACGACAGUGCCGAAGACUCCAGUCCACAAGUCUGCUUCCACUCCGCCUUCGUGCACCCUUCGACACCAGAAGCCGCCCCCGGCCGCCAAUCCUACGAGGUGCGAUCGCUAGUGGUGCUGGCUUCAAAGGCCCAUGUGCAGAGUGAUAGUGGACCACAGCCCAGCACAGCCUGUACAGCUUGA